CUUUAAAGGAUUAUUCUUGAAGCGAGGAAGAAGAUGAGUUGUGUUUGUCGGGAAAUAUUGUUUGGUAUCGUUUAAGAUUUAGCAAGCAAUGUGAAAACUUUAGGCGUAGUAAAAUUAUGCACCGGUGUGGUGAGAACUUGUUUUUCUUUUGCGUAUACUUUGAUACAGCGCCAUAACGAGUGGAUUGUGUUGUUUGAUGAAAGAGAUAAAUGUGGCAAUGAGAAAGUUUUCUGUCGACCAAAGCGUAAUCAGAUUUCCUGAAGUUACCGUCUCAGUCUGGGAUGACUGCAGCUAUCUCCGUGUGAACAAGAAACGGAGACCUCAACUUGGUUUCACCCGGUUGCCAGCAAAGAAAAUCUGUAAUUGUAGUUAAAAGUACGUGUUAAAUUUUGUCACCACAAUCGUGUCCGUAUAGCCUAAGCGUGCAUUUCAUACUUUUACUACACUCGUAUCACGCAGUGUGUGCUACGAGAGGAGAUGCAAUGGUAACAAACCCUAACCGUUUGGCAAACAAAGAGGAUGUCGAGACGAUCUGUCUGUUUGAUUGACGCCGAACAUAUACAAGGAGAUCCAUGCAAAAAUGGAAGAAGAAGGAUACAGCGCAGAGGACGAGAUGGUUGCAAUAUGACUGAAAACAGUAGCUAGCUAGCUAUCUCCUUUUUCUGAGAGACGCUUGAGUUUUAUGUGAGAAGGGCUGGCAUAGACCACCAGGCCAUUUUAAAACACCGCUGCUUGAAUAAUUUUAAGUGUAUUUAACCAUUGUGUUUGGAUUUACUGUUUUAUCCCUUUUGAACGCGCGGGUUUAUUUGCGAUUUCGUUUAGCGAUGAAGAUCAGCACGGCGGAUGUUUUGGAAGUCGUUGCAUUUCUGCUUUUUGCAAGCUUUGGUUUAACAACAUCAUCUGAUUGUAAAUCAUAUGAUGAACGUUCAAAAAACGCUGGGAAAAGCUCCUCUCCUGCAGCAACGUUGGAGAGGAAAGUGGUCUGCAGCAAUAUGGACCUCGUUCAGGUGUUGCCUUCAGACUCGUUUCCCAACAGGACGGUGACCCUGAUUUUAAGCAAUAAUAAAAUUCAAGAACUGAAGAAUGGCUCCUUUCUUGGUCUGUCUGCACUGGAAAGACUCGACAUUCGGAACAACUCUAUCAGUCACAUCGAGCCUGGAGCUUUUCUUGGACUGCAGGCCCUCAAAAGACUAGAUUUAUCCAAUAACCGAAUCGGCUGCCUGAAUGUGGAUAUAUUUAAGGGCCUCCCGAGUCUGGUUAGACUAAAUAUAUCAGGGAAUAUGUUUUCAUCUUUGUCUCAAGGGACCUUUGACAGUCUUGUCUCUCUGAAGACUUUGGAGUUCCAGACCCCAUACCUGCUAUGUGACUGUAACCUGCUGUGGCUGCUUCGCUGGAUCAAGGACAGGAACAUUGCUGUGAAAGACACCCGCUGUUCAUACCCGCGGUCCUUACAGGGCCAGCUCGUCACCUCCCUCAAACCCGAGCUUCUUACCUGUGACGCCCCCCUGGAGCUGCCGUCCUUCCAGAUGACCCCAUCCCAGCGGCAGAUCGUGUUCCGCGGGGACAGCCUGCCCUUCCAGUGCAUGGCCUCCUACAUCGACGAGGACAUGCAGGUGCUGUGGUACCAGGACGGCAGGAUGGUGGAGCCGGACGCCGCCCAGGGCAUCUUCAUCGAGAAGAGGAUGGUCCAGAACUGCUCGCUGAUCGCAAGCGCGCUCACCAUCUCCAACAUCCAGCCGGGCUCGACGGGGAACUGGGAGUGUCGCGUGAGGACGAGCCGAGGGAACAACACCCGCACCGUCCACAUCGUGGUGCUGGAGACCUCGGCCAAGUACUGCCCCCCGGACAGGGUGUCCAACAACAAGGGGGAGUUCAGGUGGCCCCGCACUCUGGCUGGUAUCACUGCCUACCUGCCCUGCAGCCGGCUGGCCUCUGGCACGGGCAUCUACUCGGGCUCCUCUGCGGACGACCGCAGGGCCUGGCGACGGUGCAGCCGGGACGGGUUUUGGGCGGAGGAGGACUACUCCCGCUGUCAGUACCAGAAAGAUGUCACCCGCGUGCUCUACAUCAUCAACCAGAUGCCUCUGAACCUGACCAAUGCAGUGACCACCGCCCGCCAGUUGCUAGUGUACACCGUAGAGGCCGCCAACUUCUCUGACAAGAUGGACGUCAUCUUUGUAGCGCAGAUGAUCGAGAAGUUUGGAAAGUUUGCAGAGAAGUAUAAGGAGCUGGGGGACGUGAUGGUGGACAUCUCCAGCAACCUGAUGCUGGCGGACGAGCGGGUGCUGUGGAUGGCCCAGCGGGAGGCGCGCGCCUGCUCCCGCAUCGUCGAAUGCCUGCAGAGGAUCGCCAGCCACCGGCUCGCCAGCGGCGCCCAGGCAUACUCUACUAACUCCCACAGCAUCGCCCUGGAGGCCCACACCAUCAAAGCCAGCAGCUUCAAUGGCAUGACCUGCACGCUCUUCCAGAAGAUGGCGCCGGAGCGCUCAGGCAUGCGGGAACUCGGCAACCGAGACUCGGACAUGAACCUGGACAAGCAGCUGAGCUUCAAGUGCAACGUCACCAGCACCCUGUCCAGCCUGGCCCUCAAAAACACCAUUGUGGAGGCGUCUCUCCAGCUGCCUGCCUCACUGUUCUCCCAGCACUCGGGGUCUGGCCAGGCUGAGGAGGCCUUCUACAAGCUUCACCUGCUGGCCUUCAGGAACGGCAAGCUCUUCCCCGCCACCGGCAACUCCAGCCACCUGGCCGACCAGGGCAAGAGGCGGAGCGUCACCACGCCUGUCGUCCUCGCCAAGAUCGAGGGCUACCCUCUGAAGAAUCUGCGCAGCCCGGUGAAUGCCACGCUGCGCAGGUUUGCGCACGGGGCCGACGGCGUGGCGGCCUACUGGAACUUCAGCCUGCUGGGCGGGCAGGGGGGCUGGGAGUCGGACGGCUGCCGGAUCCUCCACUCCGACGACAACUUCACCACCAUCUCCUGCAACUCGCUCAACAACUACGCCGUGCUGAUGGACUUAAGCGGAGGGGAGUACUUUUUCCACAGCACUGACCUGCUCCACCCGGUCAUCUACGGCACCGCUGUCAUCCUGCUGCUCUGCCUGGCGGCUGUCAUGGUCAGCUACAUCUACCACCACAGGUCUGUCAGGAUCAGCCGCAAGUGCUGGCACAUGCUGGUCAACCUCUGCCUCCACAUCUUCCUGACCUGCGGCGUGUUCGUCGGGGGCAUCAACCAGACGCGCCAUGCCAGCGUGUGCCAGGCCGUUGGCAUCGUGUUGCAUUACUCCACUCUGGCCACUGUGCUGUGGGUGGGAGUGACUGCACGCAAUAUCUACAAGCAGGUCACCCGUAAGGCCAAACGCUAUGAGGAACUUGAUGAACCGCCUCCCCCACCCAGGCCCAUGCUGAGAUUCUACUUAAUAGGCGGAGGAAUACCAAUCAUUGUCUGUGGUAUAACUGCAGCUGCUAACAUUAAGAACUAUGGAAGCCGGAUUAAUGCUCCAUUUUGCUGGAUGGCCUGGGAGCCCAGCUUGGGGGCCUUCUACGGGCCGGUCGGCUUCAUCGUCUUCGUGAACUGCAUGUACUUCCUCAGCGUGGUGGUGCAGCUGAGGCGCCACCCGGAGCGCAGGUUCGAGCUGAAGGAGCCGGCCGAGGAGCAGCAACGGCUGGCGGGCAGCGAGACGGGCGAGGCCGCCGCCCACGACUCCGCCUCCGUCUCCCAGGGCAACUUCUCCGCCGUGUCGCUGUCAGCCCUGGAGAACGAGCACACCUUCCCGGCCCAGCUGCUCGGCGUCGGCCUGGCCCUGCUGCUCUUUGUGGCGCUGUGGGUGUUCGGCGCCCUGGCGGUCUCUCAGGAGUACCCCGCGGACCUGAUCUUCAGCUGCCUGUUCGGGGUGGUGGCGCUGGGCCUGGGGGCCUUCAUGGUGGUCCACCACUGCAUUAACAGGGAGGACAUGCGGCGAUACUGGGUGUCGGCCUGUUGCCCCGGGAGGCGGGACUACUCCAUGCAGGUGAACCUCCCGCCAACGGGCUCCAGCACAGGGACUGAGGAGGCGCCCAAGUGUCCUAACGGCAGCGCCGAAUCCUCCUGCACCAAUAAGAGUGCCUCCAGCGUCAAGAACUCCUCUCAGGGCUGCAAGCUGACCAACCUCCAGGCGGAAGCUGCACAGUGCAAGCCACUCCCCGUCCCCGCCCCCAGCAACGGCACCGCCCUGCUGGACAACAGCCUGACAGAGCACUCGCUGGACAACGAGAUCAAGAUGCACGUCUCGCCCAUCGAGGUGCAGUUCCGGCCCAACGGGCACGCGGGCCGGCACCACAAGAACCGGACCCGGGCGCACCGGGCCAGCCGGCUGACAGUGCUGCGGGAGUACGCUUAUGACGUGCCCACCAGCGUGGAGGGCAGCGUGCAGAACGGGCCGCACAAGAGCCGCCACGGCAGCUAUGACAGCCACAUGCGCAGCCGCCGCGCCGCCUACAUGGCCUACAGGGAGCGGCACCAGAGCCAGCAGCAGCAGGACAGCAGCGAGGCCAGCGCCACCCUGCCCCGCCGCGGCGGCACCACGGACAAGGGAGGGGGCGGGGCCAGCUCGGCUGGCACGGCCAAAGACAGCGCCAAGCAGUCCAUUAACGUGGAACUGGAGGCCCAGCCCAAAUCAUAUGGCCUUAAUCUGGCCAGCCAGAAUGGGCAGCUCAAGGACAGUGUGCUGAGCGCCCCUUUACUCACCUCCGAUAACACUGGCAACAUAAAGACUGGCCUAUGGAAACAUGAAACUACUGUGUAGCGAGAGUGUUCCUGGGUGAAAGAGUGAAUCUGACUUACUUUUUUUUCCUGAACUGUGAAUCUUGGUUUUGUUUUAGACAAUUUUGAGAAGCUCUGUAAAAAGUUUUUGCUAAAAAAAAGUAUUGAAAAGCCACAAUAAUUCCGUAUGUGAAAUUAAGUGAAGAUUUGUGAACAACCCCAUUUAUUGUAAGAGGACCCGGCUUUCACCAUUUGUAAAUGAUCUAUUUUUAUA